AUUUUCGCCGUUAACUUGGCCACAUGGCAUUUUUUUAUAUUUUUUGUUGAUGACAUGGCAAAAAUAACUUAAAAAGACACUGAUUUGGACUUUUUUUUUGCGACAUGUCAUCUUUCUUUCUCAUCUUCACUCUCUGCAAAAUCAAUCCCCACUCCAUCUGCAGAAUCAAUCUCCACUCCAUCUGUAGAAUCAAUCUUAACCCAUUUCUUCUUCUUCUCUAAAUGCUCUCUCAUCUCCACUCUUUUACAAAACCGAUCUUAACCCAUUUCUUCUUCUUCUCUUCUCUCAAGAGAACUUGAGAAAUUGAACCCAGCUACUGGGUUUCUCCACUCCAUCUGCAGAAUCAAUCUUAACCCAUUUCUUCUUCUUCUCUAAAUGCUCUAAUCAAUCAAACUCUCAAAUUUAUUAAUCAAACAAUAUCAAUCAAACUCCAAUCAAAUUCCAGCAAAAAUACAAUCAAAUUGUAAAUCAACUCUCAAAUUUAUUAACAACUGGAAAUGAAAAUCGAAAGAAGAAUGAAAAAACAUGAAUCCAUCAUCAAAACAGCAAAACUGGCUUCAUCGGAACCCAGCCUUGCUGGGUUCGGGGAUGAACCCAGCCUACUGGGUCUCAUCGGAACCCAGCAAGGGAGACCCAGCCAGGCUGGGUUCGACGAGACCCAGAUCUGCUGGGUUCGAGCCUGGCUGGGUCUCCCUUGUUGGGUUUCGACGAGACCCAGCAGGCUGGGUUCCAACGAGACCCAGCAAGCUGGGUUCGUCGCAGCCAUCGAAAGUGGAGACCCAAGGCAGGAAAGAAAGAAAGAGAAAGAAAGAAGGGGAAGAAGAGGGAUUGGGUGGGUGAGGGUAGUCAGGUAAUUUUAUUUGUUUUUAUUUAAACUAUAAAUAUUAAUUUACGUG